CGGGUUUCGACUUUCGGGCGACCAUUUUUAAUUUUUAUCUGAUAUGUGAUCAUUGAGCGAAUAUAACCCUACUUUCUUUGUGCUUCGUAGAAAAUAUUAAAUAAGCAGUAAUUAUUGUUAAACUUAAGACCUACGAACUCAUAAUGAAGCUAAUCGCAUGGGGUGCAAAUAGCUACGGUCAGCUGGGACUAGGUUUUAAGUCGGAACAGGAAGUAGAGCCAAAAGAAGUCUGUUUGGACAAAACCGAACUUAAGGUGGAAAAUAUUAUACAAAUAGCUGGAGGAGCAGGCCACACGUUAAUUUUAGAUAACACAGGUCACGUUUUCAGUUGUGGUUGGAAUUGCAAAGGCCAAUUAGGAGGCUCAGAUGAUACCCUUCAUUUUGAACUAAUUGAUAUUCUAAGGGGGUUUAAAGUCAGUCAGAUAUCGUGUGGGUGGGAUUAUAGUGCCGCUAUUACAGAAUGUGGUAAACUUUUUGUGUGGGGAAACAAUACUUACACACAAUUAGGACUUGGCAAAAGUAUAACUUGCACAAGCAUACCGACUCGUUUACAAGUUUCUCAAAAAUUGGCCACAGGCUUUAAGAUGGUUAGCUGUGGUCUAAGGCACAUGGCUGUGACCACUAAAGAAGACUGUGUCGUAGUUGCUGGAUCAGGAAGUAAGGGUCAGUUAGGUUUAGGAGAUAACCACACAGAAGAUAAUUAUAUAAGUGUUUAUAAAGUUCCUGAACUUGAAUCAAUUGCAUCUGUUGUAACUGGUCAACACCAUACGCUAGCUCUGAAAUCUGAUGGAACACUGUUUGGCUGGGGAGAUAACAAGUAUGGCCAAGUAGGUCUUGAUAUGAAAUUGACAAAAGUAUCUAAACCUGCUGAAAUAUUGCAUGAUGAGUCUAUCAAAUCCAUUCAUGCUGGUUGGACCCAUAGUGGUCUGCUUACAAAAACUGGCGAUUUAUUAUUAUGGGGAAGAAAUUCAUAUGGUCAGUUGGGUAUGCAAAGAAAUGAGCUUUAUCAGCCAGAGAAACUAUCAGCUUUGAAAGAUAUUGCCCAAGUUAGCAUGGGAUCCGAACAUAAUUUGGCAGUUACUAAAGAUGGGAAGCUUUUCUCCUGGGGCUGGAAUGAACAUGGUAGCUGUGGAACUGGUAAUACAAAAGACGUUCUUAAACCAAAACAAAUCCUUACUAAGUUCAAGGUUAAAUAUGCUGCUGCUGGUACAGGACAUUCUUUUGCUGUAAUUGAGUAGAAAAUUCUUCAAAAAUUUAAUUCAAAACAAAAAAAUAUAUAUAUUUUGUAAGUUAAUAACUGAAUCAUGUAAUCCAUAUUUUUUGUAAUUAAACAUUUUGGUAACAUUA